AUGAUCCCCGGUCUCCCAACUGAGUUGACGGACCGCAUAAUUGAUUUCUUGUGGGACGACGCUCCGUCACUCUGCAGAUGUGCCCUUACUUGUCAUACUUGGUUACCGCGCAGUCACUACAACCUGUAUAACAGCAUUCAUCUGGACACUCGCAGAAGUCUCGAGUCGCUCAUACGAGCAUCGAGGAUCCGCAAUGUUGAAAGGUCUCUGAGCUCCGUGCACAGGCUGGAGCUGCAGGAUACGAAGCCGGGGUGGGUGCACCGGCUACCCCUUGUCCUCGGACACAUACUCUCAGACAUUCAGGAACUUCUGAUCGAGCACCUCGACUGGAACGGAAUAUGCAUGCACCCCGAUACCGUCCCCUUCGGAUUCAUGCAGUUCGGACGUGUUACCACGUUAUCGCUAUCCGGCUGCACGUUUCGCAGUCCCCGGCAAUUCCAGUGCCUCGUCUCUGCUCUGACACGGCUGAACAUAUUGAAAAUCAGUGCGACGGUGUCUUCGGCGAAGACAGCUGUGGCAGACACCGCACCCGCACCCUUGCGGCUUCCUCCGCUUAUCGAAGUAUCUAUGGAUCCCAAUGUGGAUCAGCCGCUUGUACAGUCGCUUUUGGAGUGGUUCGCAUGCGCAUCUCUCAAGCCGGCGCUGCGGAAAUUCCAAUUGUAUUCUUCAAGAAACGUCACGCCGCAAGUCCGCAAAUUCUUGGAGGUGGUUGGGGGCGUUCUGGAGGACUUGACACUGUUCCUGGACCAAUCGUUUUCUACAUCAGAUUUAGAGCAGCUGAACGUGCGCAGUUGCGUAUCGCUGCGUACCCUCGGACUUCGAGGCUCCCGUGCAAUCGCUCUGGAACACAUGCUGGGCGUGAUUGCACCCAGCAGCCGGAUCCACGACCUCUGGCUGCGGGUAAACACAAUGGAGUCUUCACCAAACCUCCUCAGCAUCUUCGAGGAAGCACGUUUCGCCGAGCUGCAGAGGUUCACUAUCAGUACCUUCCCUCAGGAAGCCAAUGCGAGUGUUACGGAGGCCGUCGAAGCAUUGUGCAACCGAGGUGUGUGCGCGGACGUUUCGUUCGAGUACCCGUAUGUCUAUCCGAGGCCUGGUGGAGAAGGUUAA